AUGAAAAUUCCUGGAAAGAACAGCAGAGAAGAACUUAAGCUCCAGGACCGAUGUCAGGCUGACUUCUGUGACCAGCUUUCCUCCAGUGAAAACGUUACAUUACACCUUGAAAAAAAGACCGAAAAUGGUAGGAUCAAACUCUGGCUUCCUAAGGAAAAAGAAAAUGUUUUGAUAUUCCUCAUGCGGGAACUAUACAGACCAUUCCUUAUUCUUUUUUACCUGUUCAUAUGGUGCAAACUUCCUGGAGCUAGAUGGUUUCCUAAGACCUUGCCUUGUAGCGUCACCCAGAACAUUACAGAACGCAGCGUGAUGGUCAAUUGCACCGAUAAACAUCUCCUAGAAAUCCCCAAAGGAAUUCCUUAUAAUACAACCAACUUAACCCUUACCAUCAAUCACAUACCAAAAAUUUCCCCAAACUCCUUUGAUGGUCUGAAAAAUCUGGUGGAAAUUGAUUUCCGAUGCAAUUGUGUUCCUGUCCGACUAGGGCCAAAAGACAACAUAUGUACCCACAGGCCAAGUAUUGACUUUGGCAGCUUUAGAAAUCUUACUAAUUUGAAGUCACUGUACUUGGAUGCAAAUCAACUCUCUGAAAUACCUUUGGGCCUUCCUUCAGGCUUACAGCUGCUGAGUCUUGAAGCAAACAACAUCUUUUCCAUCACCAAAGAGAAUCUGACUGAUUUGGUCAACCUAGAAAUACUGUACCUGGGCCAAAAUUGUUAUUUCCGUAAUCCUUGCAAUGUUUCUUUUUUUAUAGAAAAAGAUGCCUUCCAGAGUCUGAGGAAUUUAACAAUAUUAUCUCUAAAGGAUGACAAUUUAACUACCGUUCCCAGAAUUUUACCAUCCAGUUUAACAGAGCUCUACCUUUAUAACAAUAUUAUCCAAAGAAUUGAAAAGGAUGAUUUUCAAAACCUCCAUCAAUUACAAAUUCUUGACUUAAGUGGAAAUUGCCCUCGUUGUUUCAAUGUUCCCUUUCCUUGUAUCCCUUGUCCAAAUAAUAGUGCAUUAGUGAUCGAUAAGGAUGCUUUUGAUUCCUUAACCGAAUUGAAAUUUUUGCGCCUCCAUAGUAAUUCACUCCAGCAUAUACCUAGGAGUUGGUUUAAAAACACUAACAAACUGGAAGAACUUGACCUUUCCCAAAACUUCCUGGCAAAAGAAAUCGGAGAUGCCAAGUUUCUGAAAUCUCUUGUGAGUCUUAUAAGACUGGAUUUGUCUUUCAAUUAUGAGCCACAGAUCUACCGUGCUUAUUUGAACUUGUCAAAAGCAUUUGCUUCCCUGAAAAAUCUGAAAAUCUUAAGGCUCAAAGGUUAUGUCUUCAAGGAACUAAAAAGUUUCAACCUCUACUACUUAAAGAAACUCCCACAGCUUGAAGUGUUAGAUCUUGGCACUAACUUUAUCAAAAUUGCUGACCUGGGUGCAUUCAAAGAAUUCCAAGCUUUGAAAAACAUUGAUCUUUCUGUUAAUAAAAUAUCUCCUUCUGGAGAGCCAAGUCAAAAUGGAUUUUGUUCAAUGACCAGGACUUCUAUGGAGUUCCGUGUUUCCCAAGUAUUUGAAUCCAUACAUUAUUUCAGAUAUGAUGACUUUGCCCGAAGUUGCAUGUUUAAAAGCAAAGUGAAGCCUUCCUUUUCACCAAUCCAAAAUAUCUGUGAGUCAUAUGGAAAAACCCUGGAUUUAAGCAGAAAUAAUAUAUUUUUUGUCAAGUCCAGUGAUUUUCAGGAUCUUUCUUUCGUGAAGUGCCUGAAUUUAUCAGGAAAUAGCAUUAGCCAGACUCUCAAUGGCAGUGAAUUCCAACCUCUAGUGAAAUUGAAAUACCUGGAUUUUUCUAACAAUAAACUUGAUUUGCUGUACCCAACAGCUUUUCAGGAGCUGCAGGAACUAGAAAUUCUAGAUAUUAGUGGUAAUAGUCACUACUUUCAGUCAGAAGGGAUCACUCACAUGCUUAAUUUCACCAAGAACCUUCCUGUUUUGAAGAAAUUGAUGAUGAAUGGGAAUGAUAUCUCCACCUCCACCAGUACAGAAAUGGCAAGUGAUUCUUUAAGGAUUCUGGAAUUCCGAGGAAACCACUUAGAUGUUUUAUGGAGAGAUGGUGAUAACCGAUAUUUGAAGUUUUUCAGGAAUCUGACCGAGCUGGAGGUGUUGGAUAUUUCUGAGAAUUCCCUUAGUUUUUUGCCUCCUGGAGUUUUUGAGGGCAUGCCUCCAAAUCUGAAGACCCUCUUCUUGUCCAAAAAUAAUCUUAAGUCUUUCAACUGGGGAAAGCUCAUUUGUCUUAAGAAUCUAGAAACGCUGGAUCUCAGUUACAACCACCUGACCAUCGUUCCUGAAGUAUUAUCCAAUUGUUCCAAAAGUCUCAAGAAACUGAUACUUAGUCAUAACUACAUCCAUCGCCUGACAAAGAAUUUUCUCCAGGAUGCUUUUCAGUUGAGAUAUCUAGACCUUAGUUCAAAUAAACUUAGCAUCAUUCAGAAGUCCAGCUUCCCCAAAAAUGUCCUUGACAAGCUGGAGAUGCUGCUUUUACAUGGCAAUCACUUUUUGUGUAACUGCGAUGCUGUAUGGUUGGUGUGGUGGAUUAACCAAACAGAGGUCACUAUUCCUAAUUUGGCCACUGAAGUGACCUGUGCAGGACCAGGAGCACACAAAGGCCAGAGUUUGAUUUCACUCAAUUUAUAUACCUGUGAGUUGGAUUUGGUUAAUUUCAUUCUGUAUUCAGUCUCAGUAUUCUUCAUUCUUUUUCUGAUGGUUGUCCCAGUAACUAGCCAUCUGUAUUUCUGGGAUGUGUGGUAUAGCUAUCACUUCUGUAAAGCCAAAUUAAAGGGGUAUCAACGCCUGGUUUCACCCCAUUUUUGCUAUGAUGCUUUUAUUAUUUAUGAUACCAAAGAUCCAAAGGUGGAGGAAUGGGUUUUCAAAGAGCUGGUGGAAAACAUCGAAAACCGAGGAGAUAAGCAAUUCAAUUUAUGCCUUGAAGAACGAGAUUGGUUGCCAGGAAAACCAGUUUUAGAAAACCUUGCCCAGAGUAUACAACUAAGCAAAAAAACAAUAUUUGUGAUGACAAAUGCCUAUGUCAAAUCAGGGAAUUUUAAGACAGCAUUUUACUUAUCACAUCAAAGGCUCAUGGAAGAAAAACUAGAUGUGAUUAUUCUGAUAUUUCUUGAAAAAACUCUUCAGAGAUCUAAGUACCUCCAACUCAGAAAAAGAUUGUGCAAGAGCUCUAUACUUGAGUGGCCCACCAACCCCCAGGCUCAUCCUUACUUCUGGCAGUGUCUGAAAAAUGCCAUAGCCACUGACAAUGAUACAGUCUACAGUAAAGUGUUUAAGGAGACUCCUUAGCUCUCCUCUUCACAAACCACUCUGUGGAAAGAGUGAUCCAUGUUUCAUAUGGGACGUGAGGAGAAUGUCCCAUUACCAGAUUCUUAUCAAAGUUGUACCCAGAUAGUGUUGAGCAAUCUCCUAAGAACAUAUGCACAUAAGAUCAUAUGAAUAUAUUAUCUCAGCCACGUGGGAGCCACCAAAGAAGACACUUGGGGUGUAAGUGAAUAAAUAGUAUUCUCUGUCGCUUUCAAAUCGUCCACCUCCAAUUUCUCUUGUUUCUUUUACUUCUUGAUCUUCUGUCACAAUUUUUGUCCUGAACUUUUGGCUAAUGAAGUUUUCCUUUGGCUCCAAAUCGUCUCAGUUCCUCAAGGCGUAUGAGGAACACUGACUUUGGUCAAAAGUUCUGAGUUUAAAAUCCCACUUCUAAUGGUUAUAUCUAUGUGACUUUGGCCAAAUCUCUCUUUUUUCAAAUCUCUUAACGUUCUUGGGCCUCAGUUUCCUCAUCUGUAAAUUGAAGGGGUUGGACUAGAUGGUUUCUCAGUCAUCUUCUACCUCUAACUCUGUGACCCCAUGAUCCAGGUACCUUAUGCAAGAUACUAUGAGAAGGAUGGAAGAGUCAGAAAUCCAGAGUUCUAUUCCUUCCACAACGAUGAUAAUUCUGCUUUGAAUCAAAUUACAUCAGUGACUUGCAAAAUCCAGAAGACUCUUACUCUCUACACAAUAAGCACUUGAGUCUACAGUUUAAAUUAUAGCCAGAAUUAAUAUUGCAAAGAGCUUUAUAAAUUAUAUCUGAUUUUUCCUUACAAUAAUCCUGUGAAGUGUUAUUAUUAUCUCCAUUGUAUCGAUGAGGCAAUUGUGGCAUAUAAAGGUUGUCAUAAAGCCAAUCAAUCAAUCAAUAAUCAUUUAUUAAAUGUCUACUAUUGGGGCAGCUAGGUGGCGCAGUGGAUAGAGCACUGGCCCUGGAGU